ACUUAACAAUUUGGGUUGAAAGAGAUUCCCAGGAGAAUUGGGAUGAAAAAGGAGGCUUAUUUAUACACACAAUUCCUACUUGUUCUCACAACUUCACAAUUAGUUUUGUGUUGCCGUCGUGUCUGCUGUGGUCCGGCCAGCCCCUACAAGCUCUCGUCGAACGCCCCCCACAAGCCCAUCGUCGUACGUUGAAGAUUAGGUACUAGGUACUAGGGAUUUGGAGGAAGUUUUCAACCUUAUGGAGCACAAAAUCGACCGGAUAUCUGAAUUGCCAGACCCUAUUCUAGAGCACCUUCUAUCCUUCAUUCCCACGAAACAAACACUUCAACUUAGCAUAUUGUCCAAGAGAUGGCAAAGGGUGUGGACUUUAUUCCCCAUUCCAGACUUUCACCAAGACCUCUUUGUUAAUAAUUUGCGCAAGGUUCCACCCAACGAGAAAGAACAAGAAAUCCAGAGAAAGAAAGAAGAGUUCAGAAAUUUCGUGGAGAGUUCUUUACUUGCCCACUAUAGGCAAAGGCUAAAUAUAAACAAGUUUAGGCUUCGCAUGAUGUUGGAUGAAUCAGAUUAUGCUGUUGUGAACCGUUGGAUUGACUAUGCAAUUGAAUGCAAUGUAAAAGAGUUGAAUCUUGACAUAUUCAUCCGGAUCCAUCUAAAGAGGUAUGAGUUGCCUGAGAGGGUUCUUGUAGCAAAUUCAAUAACUGAGUUGAAAUUGCAGUCGUGCAAGUUGAAGUCAUUUUCCGGUGAUAUUAACUUAUCAUCUUUGAAAAAGUUGGUUUUGUCCGGUGAAGUGGAGGAGAGCCAGCUUGUCCAAACUCUAAUUGAUAGUUGUCGUGAUAUAGAAGAGAUGACAUUUGAAUGUGUUAAUGGGUUGAAAAGUAUACGAGUGUCAAGUCUUCCUAAACUUAAGGCCUUUGCGCUACUACAAAAUUCUAAAUAUGAGAGUGUUGAGAUCGAAGCAUCAAAUCUUGAAUCUUUAGUUUUCAAGCUUGACAGCCUACCAUGCCAAAUAAACCUAGGCCCAUGCGAAAAUUUGAAGAAGUUAGUAUUAUAUUCAUGCCACAUUACUGACAAAUGGUUGCAUGAUGUUCUUUCUAAACAUCAACUCAUCGAGUGCUUGGACCUAGCAGAUUGCUUUAUGUUGAAAAGGAUUAAGAUUUCAAGUCACCGUAUGAAGAGUUUGACCUUUAUUAAUUGUGACAAGCUAGUUGAAGUUAACAUUGUUUCUCCUAACUUACAUAGACUCAUGUAUGAGGGUGAGAUUAUAUCAUUUUCUUUGAAUUCUUCAAGUCUAUCGGAAGUUAUUCUCGUCUUUUCGGGAGAUACUCCGAAUGCUGAAAUGAUUGAAUUCCUUUCAAAGUUAAGUCAACCGAAAUUAUUGACUUGGACUCUUGGUGAAGAUGAGACUCUGAAAAUUGCAAAAAGAUUGAGAACAACCAUACCAUGCCCGUUAUAUAAUGUUAAGGAAUUGAAGCUAAUCGUAUAUUCUAUACCUACAAGAGAAAUCCACGAAGUUGUGGAUGUCUUGUUGUGGAUUUGUCCUCUUCUAGAAAUUCUCUUUAUAGAACGGCGGUACCAAGGGACACUUGACAAUAUAUCUUUCAAGUUCUCAUACGGAAAUCCUAUUUAUAAAGUGAGAAAUCGUAGUUGUUGCAAACAUCUUCCGGUUCUCUGUUGGCGGCAUUGCCUAAAGGCUGUCAAGAUUGCAAAUUCUAAAGGAUCGGCAGAAGAAGAGACUCUAAAGAAGUAUUUUUUCAAGAAUGCAAAAAUAUUAGAGAGCUUCCAUUAUUUAUAAGAAUUUGCAUUGCCUAAAGUUUGAUGAAUCUAGAGAAUAUGCAUAUGAAGAGAUUUUUAAAAGAAUAUCUUUUAGAGAAUAAUACAUAGUUCUUUGUAUUUGUCUCAUGGUAUUAUGAGUUUUGAGUUGUUUAA